CAAAAAGUUGUAGAAAAAAAAGGAAAUGAGAGAAUAAAAGAAGCAUUGUUCAGACGAAUAAAAACAAUUGCAUUAAUGUAAUGGCGAUACCUUAAAUAAAGUAAAUUUUGAGUGCACCAUAAUUAAUUAAGAUAACACGUUUUAUAAAUUGUAUAUCAACUUUGCAACCAAACUUGAAUGAUUUACAUAUUUAGCAUUAUUUUUGUUUUGGCUUCUAUUCACACUUCGUGCGAUACUGUAGAGAACAUACUAUGUAUGUAUACAAAAGCCAUCAAAUCUAGUCAGCAGAGAGUUUUGUUGAUAAUAAAUAAAAGAAACGGCAAUGAAAAUAUUUUUAUUAGUCAAUCGAUGAGUUUAUUCAAGUACGUAUUGACUGUCGAUCAAAGAAUAGAGAAAUUGAAAAUAUAGGAGAUUUUAUGUUAUUCAAAUCGAAAUUCGUCUUAAAAAAACAACCUGGAACAAAAGGGGACAUAUUUCCAACUGCUAGGAAAAAGCACUACAUAUUAAAUACCUCGUCUAUUGUGCCUCGUCGGUCACCAUUAUCGCUACCAGCGUCCGCCGCGAUAGUGCCCAAACCGCUUAAACGACUUCGCCAUUGCCCAUUCCCCAUCACGUCACGCAUUAGUAACAUAAGAAAUAUGCCGCACAGUGAAAAGCUUCUGAUUGGUCAUUCACGAUUUAGUGGUGGUCGCGAUUGGCGUAAGUGUUGCCCACCCUAUUGCGAUUGUGAAUUCCCCUCAACUAUGAAAGUUACAUCGUACAAAGGAGACCUAUCUGAGCUGUUCAUGUGUCGUUGUGGCGAAAACGAUGUCGAGGCCCCUGAAUUGCAGUGGCAGUGGUAUGACCACCCUGAGUCGGACGUACGCAUUGUUGGGCCUACUGUAAUAUUUCAUCCCGCUUAUUCGCAGGGUACGUCCAUAGUUAGAGGCAACAAACCAUUAGAAGUUGACAUGGUUCACUUUUGGGAAAUUCGCAUAUUGACUGUUCUAGCAGGUACAGAUGUGAUGUUUGGCAUCGGUACCGAGUGCGUCGAUUUGAAUCAAUUCCCAUUUCAUUUUGCCUCAGCUUUGGGUGCCAAUGCUUCGUCGUGGGGUUUUUCAUACGAAGGUAAAAUUCAACAUGCCGCCGUCCGACUGCCGUAUGGUCAAAAAUUCUCGCAAGGAUGUAUAGUGGGAAUUUAUUUGGAUCGCAGCUGUGGCUAUCUGGAAUUUUUCCUUAAUCGUCGUUCAAUGGGCGUAGCCUACAAAAACAUUCCGUUGGAUCCAAAUAUUAAAUUGUAUCCAAUGGUUUCGUCUACAACAGCGAAAUCCGCUAUACGCUUAAUUAAUGCCUCGUCCGAAGUAGACUGCUUGCAACUCAGAGCAUUUCGCGCUUUGUCCAAACAAACCAAAGCUCUAAAAGAAUUAAAACAAAUGCCCGGCUUUAAAAUUCUAUUGAAAAAUUAUUGGUUUUUCGCGCCGCCGGUGCGCUAUUCGCAACGCAGCCAAAAAAGUCAAUUAGACUUAGUUGACGAGGCCGUACUUCCAUCGAAAUCACUUGUAUCAUCAAGGAAGCAAAAAUAUCAAGAUGAUACCGACGACAUUAAUGAUCUCUAUGGAAAUGCGCAUAAAUUCGCAUCAAAUCGCCGUCUUCCAGAAGCCGAAGCAGAUCACCCAUUCAAAGAGUACUUUGACGAGUACUUUCAAUAUCUUUUUUAAGGCUAGUACUACUUGCUAAUCAUAAUCACGCCUUGGCAUUUUCUACAGGUUUGUUUGUUGUGUGUGUUUGUGCGUUCUUUGAUAAAGGUUGCCUGUUAAUAGCAACUGUGAUCGCAGCCUAUUCAUGGCCUUGCUGUUUCAGCAAAUAUACAUGGGCUGCAAUUAUUAUUCUUUUAAAAAAUUAUCGUUGCAACCUUUAUCUAAACAAAAUUCCAGUAUAUAUGCGGCGGUCAGAUGGAUAAUAUUGAACUUUUGCCAAAAUUCUAAAGUUAUCUCGACGAAAUUGCAGAAAAAUUUUAUUUUAUAAGACUUACUACUAACUUACUAAUCAUCGUUCAUGUACGCGUACAUUUUGCAAUUAGUCGAUAAUGAGUCCUGAUCAGAUUUUGAAGUUCAAACACCGGUACAAGUAUCAAUCAAAUUUACGUACAUCAUUUUUAUCAGAUUGCUUAUAAAGUGUCUAGACGUUCUUUUAUUCGCAUUAAACACCAUUACAUCAUAUUUUAGCGCGAUCAGGUUUCACGAACGCAAAUCUCAAGAUCCGUUAAUACAAAAUGAUGCGUGAUAGUUUUUUUUCCCCGAGGAAACUUUUUGCAUCCCAGAAUGUUGGAGGCAAGUCUUUAGGCAAUCAGUAAAUA